GGAAGUAAAUGUUUGGAGGAGGUGCCACUUGGCGGCAAUGGCUGCAAUGGCGGCGGAGGUGGAGGCUCCCGGCCGAGGCUGGGCAGCCAGGGGAACCCCUGGGUAUAGGCCAGAGACUGACUUCUGUACACGCUUCUGCUGAGUUCUCCUCCGAGGUUCCCGUUAGAGAACUGCGGCCUACGUUCCCCAGCCCUCUAGACACGGAGGAAGUUGGCCGGUGCUGGUGGGCUGCUUUGGGCCCUAAGGGGGGAGGUCACUGGCGGCGUACUCAGGAGGCAGAAGCACUCGCAGACCUGAGAGGUUUUCUUGCCUCUCCUUCUAAAGGCAGUGUAUCCCCUUUCCACUACUGCCCCCAUUCCAAACCCCAGCAAUUUUAGAGCUUUCCGAUUGAAGAAAUCAUCCCUCACACAGUAUCAUUCCCUUUUUUUGACUUUUUCCCUGUGUAACGAAUUGAACAACAGAAAUCUUUCACUCUUGUCACUUGUGGAUUAAAGGUUGUGGAUGAGGCCGCCAAAAACCCACACUGGUACUCUUACCAGGAACCACUAAUUCUCCCUAGAAGUAGACAAGGAAGACAUAAACCUGCUGUCGGUGGGAGGCCUAAAGAUCUAAUCCGAGAAGUUGAUGCCCGAAGUCUCUUCUUUUGAAGCUACGACAAGUGUUUAAGCACUUUUUGAAACCCCAAGGGGGCGGGAGGGGGGAGGGGGAGGAAUAGUGGUUUGAUGUUCUUUGGGAUAACUAAAGGACAAGAAAAUGGAUGAUUUCAUCUCCAUUAGUCUUCUGUCGCUGGCCAUGCUGGUAGGAUGUUACGUGGCUGGAAUCAUUCCCUUGGCUGUUAAUUUCUCCGAGGAGCGACUAAAGCUGAUAACUGUUUUGGGUGCUGGGCUUCUCUGUGGAACUGCAUUGGCUGUCAUUGUUCCUGAAGGAGUACAUGCACUUUAUGAAGAUAUUCUGGAGGGAAAGCACCACCAGGCCAAUGAGGCACAGAAUGUGAUUGCAUCCGACAAAGCAGUAGAAAAACCACUGGUACAUGAACAUGAGCAUAGCCAUGAUCACACAAGAUUACAUGCAUAUAUUGGUGUUUCCCUCGUCUUAGGCUUUGUCUUUAUGCUGCUGGUGGACCAGAUUGGUAGCUCUCAUAUGCAUUCUACAGAAGAUCCAGAAGCAGUUCGAUCCAACAAUUCCAAAAUCACUACCACAUUGGGCCUUGUAGUUCAUGCUGCAGCUGAUGGUGUUGCUUUGGGAGCAGCAGCUUCUACUUCACAAACUAGUGUCCAGCUAAUUGUAUUUGUGGCAAUAAUGCUACAUAAGGCACCAGCUGCCUUUGGCCUGGUUUCCUUCUUAAUGCAUGCUGGACUGGAACGAAACCGAAUCAGAAAGCAUUUGUUGGUCUUUGCACUGGCAGCACCUGUUAUGGCCAUGGUGACAUACUUAGGGCUAAGUCAGAGCAGCAAAGAAGCCCUUUCAGAGGUCAAUGCCACUGGAGUGGCCAUGCUUUUCUCUGCUGGGACAUUUCUGUAUGUUGCUACAGUACAUGUUCUCCCUGAAGUGGGAGGACUGGGUCACAGUCACAAGCCUGACUCUGCUGGAGGAAAAGGACUUAGCCGCCUAGAGGUGGCUGCUCUGGUUUGGGGUUGCCUCAUUCCACUCAUUUUGUCGAUUGGACACCAGCAUUAAAUGUUCAGGUCCCAGCCUCUGUCCUUGGUCUUUCAGAAGUCUGAUGUGGAUAGCAUAUUUCAGCUGCUCAAUUCCUCAGUUUGUUGUCUUACCUUGCCUAACUCUGCCAAUAUUUCAGAAGCCCAGUGAGGAUUGUGAUGUAAACUCAAGAGUACUAGAAAUGCUUUUUAACAUAAAAACAUUACAUGUACCUGUAUAAAUCCUUUGGUUAUUUCAUAUUUUUUAAAAGAUCCCUUCAUAUUUGAGUUUUGGGAUUUUGAUUACUGUCUUCUCAGGAAAAAUGAAAUUUAGAUUUCAAGGUAAAGUAGAGGACUUAAGUGCUCACCUUAAAAUAAUCAUUAUUGAAGGUAAAAUAUUCAGAAUUCAUCUUUUUAUACUUGGGUUAACACAUAUUGCACCUCUUUAGUUUAAGGGAUCUCUGAACUCAUUUUUGUUUUUAACUUGGUCUUCACCAUUUUGACACUGGUGCUUAUAACAUCUAUGUCCCAUGCCUGAAUUAAAUGCUGAAAGGUAAUUUAAUUUAGGGUUUGUUGAAAGAGAAAGGAAAAUGGUGAGUACACAAAGAGGAAACAACUGGGGUAGCACAGAUUAGUAAGCAAUGAAAUACAUGCUUCUGCUUCUCUGUAGGAAAAGAUAAAAUCCCAGGAAAUGAAAUAUGGGGAAGUUUCCUUAUACUGAGGUGAACAGUUUUGUAAAAUAUUUUUCUCCAAGUUCCCCCUGAAAGAAUCUCAGCCUUUAGCUGGGAUUCCUGUGGAGCAACAGCACAGCUUUAGGCCCUCUCCAGGGACUUCGAUUUGCAGAGCAUCUUUAGAAAUGAAGAGAUACUAAACUUUAAACAGAUUAUGGAUACUAAGGAGAGAAAUCUCUCGAUCAUUUUUAAAGUUAGAACAACUGAAUUCCAUGUUGUGAGUUUUCUUGUUUUUAAAAAGUAUUAAUCUUAGUAGAACAGCAGUCCCUAUGGUAAAAAUAAGUGGUGCAUCUUGGGAGUGCUAAGUAUGCUUUAAGUAAGCAUCUCUUGUGGUAAGGAAAAGUCAAAUAGCAUAAAUGAGAAGUGUUUUCCUUGUAAUUAAAAUCAUGUCUCUUGAUUUUUCCCACAUUUGCCUCUGAGAUAAAAGUUUUCCCUCUAAGUUCUUAAAGACAUCGUUCCCUUUUUCUCCUUCCCAUUCUUUUCAUAGUCAGUUCGGUGGUAAGGAUGCUCCUUAGUUCUACAGGAUUUAGUUUUCAUCAGGACAACCACUCUUUGGAUUGUGUUGAACCUUAGCUCUUACUCCAUUCCCAUUUCCUCCAGAUAGGUAAUUUUCAUACAGUGCAAAUUAUCUAAGCCUUUAAAUGGAGAUUUGACACAAUAAUUAAAAUGCUGGACCUCUUUUUUUUUUUUUUUUUAAAUAAGCUAUAACUGUUCAAUAAGUACUCAGUGAGUUUCUGCCCUCAAAUCCUAACAUUUCCCAGAUCAGUGCUCAGGAUGUUUGGAGUCCCCCUUAAUUCUUUGAUAAGAUUGGAAAAUAAAUGUUAUUGUAUUUUUAACUUAUAAUUUUAAUCCCAGAUCCAAACAUAUAACAUACAUAAAGAGAAACAAGAUUAUUUUCUCCAGGAAAUAAGUUUUUUAUCCCAUAAAAUUAUAUUUGGCAGAUAAGCUAUAAUAUGCUUGUGACUUCUUUGCUAAUUGUUAUUAAUUAAUUACUAGCUAUAGAUAACAAGGAUUUGUGAGCCCUCCAGGCUGCAGACCAAAUACUGAGUUUAUCUUCUCCCCAUCCCCCUUGCAUCAUUUAUACUUAAGUAUUCAGAAGAUAUUAUAUAGAAAAUAUGUGACUUUCUUAGCCAGACCAGAUAGAUAUAUGGCUUCAUCUUGUCCUUCAAAAUUACUUGGUUGCCUUGAAUUCUAUCUAACAUUGCACUUUUGCUACCAGAUAUAUUGCACAAUUUUGGUAUUUGAUUUGGAUGGGAAUUUUAUUAUCUAGCUCUUGUGCAGUGAAUAGAUAUUCAUUACUCUGCUGGCCAAAGACCCUUUCAGCAGUGCCUUGCCAUCAUCUUUAUGAGUUUGGCUAGAAUCUUGCUAUGCAGGGCCUUGGACACGAAUAAAGAUUAAACUUUUCCAGAUCUACCUAUCUUAAACCUUAACAUCAACCUUAACAUUUGUCAGGACUUAAUAGCUCCUAAGAACAUUGUCUGUAGUUCUUCUUUAGACUUUUGUUUUUCUGAUCCAGGAAUUCCUUGUCUUCAUUCAAGGUCAGCAGAUAAAAAUAGCCAUAAUAAAUUUGUAGAGCUCAAACACUUCAUGCAGCAGAGCAAUUUAACCAAUAAUCUGUUGUUUAAAAAAAAGAAGAAGAAAAACUUUACUAAUGUGACACUUGCACUGGGGGAGAGGCCAUGAUUUUAACUUAAAUGAUACAUUUCAAUUCUGUUUUUCCCUUAUUUUGAUCUGCCUUUUUAAAUGUGGAUGCCUUAAUACUAUAAUAGGUAUUAAAUCAUUGGCAAUAUGGAAGUUGCUGCCAUGAUUUUGGAUGGAAUUUCAGGCUACCAAAGAGAUACAUAAUAAAAAGCAUUGUUUUCCUACCAGUAGCCAAAGUUCAUUUUAGUUGCAGUCUGGCUCCCUUUAUGGUACGAGACUUUACUCAGAUCCAAGAUUUCUCUUGACUAGCAAUUUAAAUGAAAGUCUUUGAAUCAAAAUUAUAUCAAGUAUUUUCAGGUAGCCAUAUAUCAAUUGCUACUUCUUUUUGAAGUAUUGAUCCUUUGAUGUUCAAUUUGGUUCUGCUUUGAUUUUCCAUUGUUAGGUUGUUUUAGUGUAGACAGAUUCUGCACUGGAACACUGAGAAUUGGAAAAUGUACUACCUUCAGAGGCUGCAUGCUCCUUUUUCUUUUCCCCUACCCCUUUUACCCUAACUCUGUGCUCACUACAUCAGCCAUUUUGCUCUUUUUUGUGUUUUUAGUCAAUUGGGAAAGGAGGAAAAAUGACUGCUUAGAAUAUCUAUUCCUUGUGGUAACAGAGAACACUUUUUUCCCCACCAGCCUAGAUAUACACUAACUGGUUUUUCCCUUUUAAGUAGAUGAGAAUUGGCAAGGACAACUUACCAGCAUCAGACUGUCUUAAGCAGCUGAAAUACAUAACAUGUUGGUAGUGAGGUGCUGAGCACAGGAUUUUGAUGACUGUCUCAACACAAACCCCAAAGAACAUUCCUGCUUACUGUGUGUAUAAAUCUGAGAGACUUAGGACACUUAUUGAGAACUGCUAAAUUGGAGGAACCCUUUGUAUUUUUCUUACAGGAAUCUUCCUUGCAGUGCUAAGUAUGUGCCUAGUUACAAUAUAUUCACUGUUUCCAAAAAAAAAAAAGAGAUGCUGUGAAUCAAGUCAGUGAUGUUACCAUCUUUGUUCCUUCACUUUAUUGAUGUCAGCUUCAGGAAAUUUGGAAGUUUGUGGGAAGAGAACAUAGAAUAUUUUGGUAACUCUCUAGUAUACACUCAGCAUAAUACAAGUGCUGAACCCAAGAAUAUUGGCUAAUUAUUUUUUCUGGCAGCAUCUUCUAAUAAGUUGAAUUUCUAUGAGAUAAUAUUGCUGUUCCCCUAAUUCAAAGGCUUGAACGGUGAUUUUAAAAUGUCUUCUUUUCUUGAUCCUUUGUAAACAUGAAAUCAUUCCAUGGAUGGCUGCCUUAUAAUUUUGUCUUUUUCCACUCUUAAUUGUGAAUGGUUUAAAAAAAGUUGCUGUUUUUGAUUUGUUUUAUGAUAUUAAAUUUUUAUUAGAGCAUUA